AUGUCUCGAUCAAAGCUUCGCGUCGGAAUUGCGGGCCUUGGCCGUAUGGGCAAGCGUCACGCCGUGAAUUUUCACCAGCUGACAGCCCGUGCGCAUGUAGUUGCUGCGUGUACACCGGAUGAGGAGGAACGCAAAUGGGCAGCCGAACAUCUCGAGGGGGUGAAGAUCUAUAGAGACUAUGACGAGAUGCUCAACGAAGAGUUGGAUGCUGUGGUAGUUGCUAGCAUAACUGCCGUACAUGCAGAGCAAGCAAUCAAGGCAAUCAACAAGGGCUAUCAUGUCCUCUGCGAAAAGCCUCUGAGCAUCGACAUUGAAAUUGCCCAAUCUGUUGUUGAUGCCUAUGAGAAAUCCCUACAGACUCAUCCUAGCCAAAAAGUCAUGUGUGGGUUCUCUCGUCGUUUCGAUGCUUCGUACCGUGAAGCCCAUGCAAGGAUCGCCAACAACGAAUUUGGUCUGCCUAUCAUCUUCCGCUCCCAAACUGCUGAUCUAUACGACUCAUCGGGGUUCUUCGUGGAAUAUGCCAAAACCAGUGGCGGAAUCUUCGUCGAUUGUUCUAUCCACGACAUUGAUCUCAUGUUGUGGUUCUUUGGAGAAGAUACCAAGAUCAAAAGUUUGCAAUCGGUGGGCGUCACUGCCGUUCACCCAGAUCUCCAGGCGAGCAAUGACCGAGAUAACGCACUCGCAACCGUUGAGUUCGAGGGUGGAAAGAUUGCUGCUCUGUACUGCUCUCGUAUGAUGGCGGCGGGACAGGAAGACAUUACUGAACUUAUUUGUGAGAGAGGCAUGGUGAAGGUCAAUUCACAGCCGAGGAAGAAUCAUGUUGAAAUCCAUGACUCACUUGGUGCUAGGCGUCAGCUUCCACAGCAUUACUAUGAGCGCUUCAGGGAAGCUUUUGUUACCGAGGCCCAUGAAUUCACUGAGUGCUGCUUAGAAAACACCACCCCGCCGAUUACCCUCCAAAGCUCAGUCAAGGCAGUCGCUAUUGGGCAGGCAUUGCAACGAAGUAUGAUCAGUGGUGAGAAGAUCUUCUUCGAUGAAAGGAGUGUCAAGAACUAG